GUCUUAACUGGGAGUGGAAGACUCGAUUCCACAAACACCAACUCGACUGUUUUGCUAGACACCAGACCCGACCGAAUCCGUGUAUUUUGUGCCCUAGGAUCGACACUGGACAUUUCAACCAGAGCUGUUUACACUCUUGGUCCCGUCCAUGACCACCUACCUAGCUGUCCUUCCCAAUUCCAAUUAAACUCGAAAAUCACGAACAGACCGCGUCCCUAAUCUGUACGCUCGACAGCUCCCACGCUGACUUGGUACCUCCCUCCCAACAACCUCACCAGCAACCUAACCAACACAAUCCACGCCCAAACCCGACCCUCAACCGCCUCCAAUGCCCGCCCUCAACACCUUAUCCUAAUCAAACCACCAAACCACCACCAACCAAACCACACCCACACCCGCCCAUCCACAGACCCAAACCCGCCACAACCAUGUACCUCCCGCGGGCGCUGCUCUCCAAGCUGUACCUGCACCUGCAGAACACGCGCCACCCACUCUCCCCGCCCGUGCUCAUCCUCGUCGCCCUGGAACCCGACGCGCUGUGCGCCUGCCGCAUCCUGACGCGCCUGUUCAAGCACGACUACAUCCCGCACAAGAUCCAGCCCGUCGCCGGCUACGCCGACCUCGAGCGCGUCGGCCGCGACCUGGUCAGCCCCAUGGCCGAGUCCCGCGGCGGCGCCGGCGGGGUGGUUGUGUGUCUUGGUGUCGGGGGUAUGGCGGAUCUAGGGGCCGUGUUGGGGCUGGAGGGGGAGGAGGGUGAUAGUGGUGGGGAGGGGGAUGGGACGAGUUUUGGGGGGGUGGAGGUCUGGGUGGUGGAUGCGCACCGGCCGUGGAACUUGGGGAAUGUGUUUGGUGGGUUUCCGCUCGAGCCCGAGACCGAGGAGGCUACGACGUUUGCGGCGAGGGCGCCGGUUGGUGUCAGGGCGGGUUGUAUCGACCGGGCGUAUCGGCCGGGCAAGGGGGGGAUUGUGGUGUUUGAUGAUGGGGAUAUUGAGGAUGAUUUGGCAAAGGAGAAGGAGGCGUAUCUUGCGCUUGUGGAUAUGCCUGAGAUCGAGGAUAAUGGCGAGGAUUUGGGGGAUAGCGAUGACGACGAGGAGAGCGACGUUGAGGAGGAGGCGGCGCCGGUAGUUGAGACAUCACGGGCAGGGCAGAAGCGGAAGUCGUGGGACUUCCUCGACGAGGAUAGUGAAGAGGAGGAUGAUCGCCCGAAGCAGAGGAGGAGGAGUAACUCGUCUACCCCGAUUCCAGACUCGCCUCGGCGCCCGGCUCAGCGCGGCCUGAUAUCACUCAGAGACGACGCCAUCUUUUCAAGCGACGGAUUGGAACCCCCGACGCCUGCUCAGCCGCUAAGGGCACCAUCAGCGCGGACGAUGAGGCGGAAGCUUUUACGUCUACGGCGCAAAAACGAGAGCAUUCUGAGGGACUACUACCGGUUGGGUGCCUCAUAUUCGGAGCCCGUCUCUUCCAUGAUGUACUCACUUGCCUCUGAGCUCGGCCGCGAAGACAAUGACCUUCUGUGGAUGGCCAUCGUCGGUGUCUCGUCCAUGGAGCUCUAUGGGCGCUCCUCGGCGGGCAUUGCGGUGCCCGUUCGCAGUGCUGACGCGGCACGCCCCGCCACCGGCUGGAUGGGAAUGCGCGGCGCGAGGAUACGGCAGCUCUUGCGAGAUGAAGUACGACGGUUGAACCCUCCCGAGAUUGGCAACGGCCGGGUCCUGCCCGAAAAUACGGGCAUCAUCCCGACUACAGCACGCAGCCCCGAGGACACGAGCAUCCGCCUAUCGCCAGAACCCAAAUUUCUACUCAUUAGGCACUGGAGUCUCUACGACAGCAUGCUGCACUCCCCUUACCUCUUCUCCCGCCUAAAAACGUGGAGCGAAACGGGCCUCAAGCGGCUGCACAAGCUCCUCGCCAAGAUGGGCGUCAGCCUGGUCCAGUGCAAGCAGAGCUACGCGCACAUGGACAUGAUGCUCAAGCGGGAGCUGCGCACCAAGCUCCUCAAGUACGCCUCCCUGUACAACCUGGACGAGCUCGUGCCGACCAUCGACACGGACGCCAAAGACCGAGGCGGCGCCAAAGACGGCUGGGGCUUCGUGCGCAGCUGGGGCUGGCGCGCGACCCUCAGCGCGCAAGACGUGGGCGUCGUCAUCGGCGCGCUCCUCGAAGUCGGCAAGAACACCAUCGCGUCCCCCUCCUCCUCCGACCCUUCCUCCACCGCCAACCCCUCCCAGGACCUCCUCCCCUCCACCGCGGGCCCCGCCGCCAGCGAGGAGUGGCUCCCCCGCUUCUGGGAAGCCUACGACGCGCUCGAGGACAUCGAGUCCCUCAAGGCCGGCCUGCCCACCGCGCUCUUCCUCCACCGCGCCAUCUUCACCACGGGCACAACCGUCCUCAAAAAGAAGCAAAUCUCGCACCUGCGCGCGUUCCGCAUGUGCGUGGUCAAGGACGCCGCCCCGGACGCCGCGCUCUUCAACCACCCGGGCGCGCUGACGAAACUCGCCCUGUGGAUCGGCGAGGCCCUCGCCGAGCAGGAGCGCGACGCCUCCGGAGGCCGCCUCGCCCACGGCGGCCGCGGCACCCCGCUCGUCGUCGCCAGCCUCGACGAGCAGCGCGGCGUCUAUGUCGUUGUUGGGACUGGGGGUGGGGGUGGGCCCGACUCGGCCUUUGGCGACCGCGAGGCGGCCAAGAAGAGGGCGCUGGAGAAGGAGGAGCGGGGGAAGGCGCGGGAGGAGGCGCGGCGGGUGAGGGAGCGCGUGAGGGAGGAGAAGAGGGCGGCGAGGAAGAGGUUGAGGGAGGAGGCUAAUGGGAGUGGGGGUGCGGGUGGGGGGGAUGAUGGGGGGGAGGAGGAGGAGGAGGAUACGGAGAGUGAGGAGGACAGUGAGGAGGAUGAGGAGGAGGAGAGCGAUGCGGAGGAGGAUGGGGAGGACGGCUCGCGCGAGAGGGGGUACGGGUUGAACCGGUUCGGCACGGCGUUCCAGGACGUGGUGGGCGAGACGAACGCGCGGGUGCGCAUCGACAGCUUCGAGCACUGCGUGGUGGAGGUGAAGAAGGAGGAUCUCGGUGGCUUCCUGGAGAGCUUGAGCAUGAAGGCUGUCGUCGGGUGAUGGGGCGCGGGGAUCUGUCCCCUUGUAUGAC